AUGGCUUCAUCCAACGAGGGCGCCGAGCUGAGACUCGUGUCGUCAAUACGAUAUAAGCUCGCAAACGUCUCUGGAGAUGAGAAGAAGCUGAGCGAUGCUCUUCAAUCCCAACUGGCUCCCCUCCUCGAACGGGCUGGUAGCCAGCAUAAGGCUGUGCGAGAUUCGGCAUUCCAGGCAUUCAUCAGUGUCAGCAAUUUCGUCAAGCCGGUUGGCGUGGUCUUGCCUGUCGCUGCUCUCCUAGAGCAGUACAAGCGCACAAGCUCGCCCAUUGUGAAGCAGCUCGAUUUGAAUCUUAUAAAACAAGGUGUUCUCCGACUCGACCAAGCAAGGCGUCGCGAAUUGCUGCCAGUGGUGCUCCGGGGUAUCUCGAAGGAAACCAGCCCUGCCAGUGCUGCAGGUUUUUUCAACAUCUUCCUACGUUUGCUGCUGGAAAUCAAAAUCCCAGGACGAGGUAGUACAGAAGAUCUUGCCCUCCCAGAAGCUAUUGGACUGCCAGACCCUUCCGAUGCCAAGUAUGUGUCAAGCUGGCUUGGUAAGUUGUUUCUGCUACGACAGGACUUGGCCCUAGCUACUGAAGACGAACUGGAUGGAAAACUAUCCGCUUCACCAUCAGGUCUGGAUAAAGGGGAUGUCGCCUUCCUACGCAACAACAACCCCAAUGCCUGGAGACCGAACACCCCCAAUAGUCUAAGCUUACCCGAGUGUAAGAUGAAAGCUAUUAGUUUCUUGGCAAGUGGUGCCUUCACAGACGAGGAACGGCAUCUGCCGGCAAUCUACGCAGCAGGGUCUACAGACACGCGCAUUACGACGAUAGCUGAUGAUGUCUUGAAGCGAUCCAGCGUCGAUCUUGAGAAUAGGGAAGUCAUCAAGUCCCUGUACCAAGCUCAAGACACCCUCCCAGCUGCACACAGAAUGCAAGUACUCCGUAUACUUACCAAGUCUGUAGCUGCAUGUGCUUUCAAGAAGCAGGUUGUCGACGCCGUGAAGCACGAUUUCGAUCUGACACUGGGAGAGGAUUCCCCUGUCGUUGGUCUCGAGGCUCUGCGACUACACAAGGCCUUGCUAGCUUUCCUUACUUGGAUCGCUCGAAACAGCACGAACUCCAGUACCAAGGAUCAUGAAAUGGGCCCGAACCUUGUGCUCAUCUUGAAAGACUACAUUCUGAAGCAAGGGUGGCCAGCGCCCAAUACCCGAGCAAACCAGUCGCAGUACCAGGAUGAGCAGCGAUUACGCGCAAACGCGUACGAGACAAUUGGCACUCUGGCGAGGGGUAGCAAUUUCGAACACAAAGCCAAGGAUUCCUUGCUGAAAUGGCUAUUCGAUUCCCUUGUGUCCGACCCCAGUCAGGACAUCGUGGUUUAUGUCGAGAGCGCCUUAUCGAGCAUGAUGGGUCUUUUCAAAUCCACGGAUGCCACACCAAAUCGCGACCUAGAAAUCUUACUCCUGGAGUACAUGACUUUGCCCGAACGACAGGGCAUCCGGACUGCGCGUCACGUGGCUGCGCGCUUUGCGAACAACUGCCUUCCCUACAAGAAUGUCAAAGCACGCUGGAUUGACAUUAUCGCAUUUAACGGUGGUGUCUCAUAUCGUCGGGAUGUCUUGGAAGAGGGGCAACGAGGACUGGAUCCUUGGUGGGCCACCAAGUUGCACCCCGACGACACUCUGGUGCUACCGGACUGGGCGGAAAUGACGGAGAUGUUUUUUGAUGCGACACCUCGGGAGCUUGGCGAUGAUGAUAUGGCCGUUGAUCAAACAUCGACCUAUACGCUGUUCCCUAACGAGCGUCUUCAGGCUUUCCCAUUGGCAAUUCGCUAUGUCAAGCAGAUACUAUUCCUCACCGUUUUGGGUGAGAGCAAGGUUGAGAUAGACUGGGAAGCACAACUCGAAACUAGGCUGCAGAACGACCUUACUACUCGCAGCCGUUUCAGAGACUACUUCACGACGCUACAUCACAGAUCCCUCCUCAAGCUUCUCAAUGCAGCAUUUGAUGGACUUCGAGACCACCCUGACAUCGGCUCUGAAGAAAGUGUCAGCUGCUUGGCCGAGAUACUAUCGUUUUCACCAGCAGAGGCUAUAAUUAAGCCCAUAUCCGGAAGAACACGCGAGCUGUUGCCAGUGAUCAAGUCGAAUAAUCAGAAAGUGCGGCAAUUGGCUUCCAAAGCCUUCGGGAUUAUUGCGCCUUGGAGUAGUCAAGCGCCCGCCUAUACCGCUCAACUACGGCAAUUCCUCGAGUCUUGUCCGGAUCCGUUGGCUUCCCAGUCUGCGGAAUACCAAGGCUCACUCCUUUGCCUGGGAAGCUAUAUUUCUCGGGCUUCGUACUACGGCAAGGUCACACCCCAAGACACGUCCGACCAUGUCCAAUUUCUUUAUAAGCGCUUCACCUCCGCGUUGCAAAAGACAGAUUCGGGCGUCACAACUGCCGCUCUAGAUUCCAUGGCUCAGUUGUGGACUGCUGAUCUCGGUUUUCCGCAACAAGACGAGGAGCUGGAGAAGACCGUCGAUUCACUUGCCAAGCUCGCUGCUACAGGUAACGAGAAGGCGAUUACUGCCCUUGGAAGACUGGCAGUUCCCUCCGCGGCGGACGCGUCAGGGGACGAAACAAGCCCCGUGGCAAAGAUCAUGAACAAGUUGUUUAGUCUUUUCGAGAUCAAGAGAACUGAAGUUCAUUUUGCUACUGGUGAAGCGAUCGCGGCUGCCAUAGCUCGAUGGGACUCCUCGGCUGUCCAGCUUGGUAUUGAUGUUGAACUGGUCGGACCAGCUGAAAGUCUUGGCAAAAGAGCCCUCCGGGUCAACGCGACUCUAGACAAACUCAUCAACGACUGCAAGACCACGAAGCCAUCGCUAUUGAAAGCAUCAGGGAUUUGGCUUUUCUGCGUCAUUCAGUUUUGCUCAGAUCUGCCUGAUGUCCAAUCACGCCUUCGCGAGUGUCAAGUUGCCUUCAUGCGACUGCUGACUGCUCGCGAUGAGCUGGUCCAAGAAACUGCAUCUCGGGGUCUUUCUUUGGUUUACGAGAAAGGCGACGAGUCUCUGAAGGGCGAUCUCGUCAAAGACCUUGUUGCGAGCUUCACAGGCAAUAAGACCCAGCUGAAGGUCGAUGAUGAAACGGAGCUUUUUGACGCGGGAGCUCUACCGACCGGGGAGGGCAAAUCCGUAACCUCGUACAAGGAUAUCAUCAAUCUGGCCAACGAGGUGGGCGAUCAAAGCCUCAUCUACAAGUUCAUGGCCCUUGCGACCAAUGCUGCUACCUGGACUGCUCGAUCUGCGUUCGGUCGGUUUGGGUUGAGUAAUAUCCUCUCGGACGCAGAACUCGACCCCAAUAUCUACCCAAAGCUUUACCGUUAUCGCUUCGAUCCCAACUCGAAUGUCAGAAGAUCGAUGGAUGAUAUCUGGAAGGCUGUUGUAAAGGACCAGACGGCUGUGAUGGACAAGCAUUUCGAUGACAUCAUGAAUGACUUGCUGAAGAGCAUUCUGGAUGGCAAGGAAUGGCGUGUCAGAGAGGCGAGUUGUGCCGCCAUUGCGGAACUCACCUAUGGCCAGCCUUUUCCAAAGUACGAGAAGUACUACACUGAUAUCUGGCGGGUUACGCUGAGAGUACUGGAUGACCAGAAGAGCUCCGUCAGAUCCGCUGCAUUGAAGUUGUGCAUGGCUCUGUCGAAGACGUUGGUGACCCAGCUUCAAGAGAAUAACUCCUCUGGCUCAGCUAGAGCGAUGAUUACUCAAGUUCUCCCCUUUCUGUUAUCCGACAAGGGCAUCGAGAACUCAGUGGAUGAGGUCAAGUACAUGUCGAUCAAAACAAUUCUCGACGCUGUCAAGAAUGGUGGCGACGCGCUGAAGCCUUUCAGCCCUACGAUCAUAAUCCAUUUUCUUGGACUGCUUUCCACCAUCGAGCCCGAGCAAAUCAACUAUCACUAUCAACGAGUGAGCGAAGAUGACCGCGAAGAGUUCGACAGGGCGCGCAGUAACGCCGCCACGCGAUCACCAAUGUUCGAAUGCAUUGUCAACUGUCUUCGCUUCACGGAUGAGGAAGUUAUGAAGGACCUGGCUCCGCAACUUGUCGCAACUACGAAGUCAGCACUUGGUUUGCAGACCAAGAUCGGCUGCAGUGAGGUUUUUAGCACCUUAGCCCUUCGACAUAGCAUUCUUCUACCCCCGUACAACGCCAUGUUCAUGAAGAGCAUGGAGACGCAUGUCCUCGAUCGAAACCAUGAGGCGAACAAGGCUUACGCAAAAAGUGCUGCGUACCUACUAAGAUCCGCCUCUCCCGAGACGCGCGAUCGCUUCACUUUACGUCUUACUAACCUAUACUUUGCUGCCGAAGAUGAUGCGCGACGGCAGAAGAUCGCAGACGCUGUUCUUGCCAUAGCCAAAGUAUCUCCUGAUGCAUUCGGAGACCUCGAGUCUCGCCUCCUUCCAUUUGCUUACCUGGCCAAACAUGACACCGACGAUUAUGUGUCCGAGGAGUUUGAAGAGGUCUGGAAGCAACAUGCCGGAGGAAGCCACACCGUCAAGCGAUUUGUCGACGAGAUCCUAGAUUUCGUAGCGAAAGGCCUGGACACCUCAAAGUGGGCACUGCAACACGGUGCAGCUCUGACGAUCGCUUCUAUGAUCACUGCUCUCAGCAGUGCCGUAGGGAAGGAUGGCCAGUUCAGUGAUCCUCAUCUGCAGAAAAUCUGGCCAAUGUUGGACAAGGCCCUCUCGCUCAAGACGUUCAAGGGCAAAGAAAAGCUCGUGACUGCUUACCCUCUCUUCGUCCGUCACGGCAAGAAUUUCUGGACCACGGACUCGACACGGGCAGCGCAUACCAAGAAGAUUGCCAUCCGAGAAGCAAAGCGGAAUAACGAUGAAUACCGACCCCAUGCUUUCGAAGCCCUCGCCGUGUACUCGACCGCUCGGGAUGACCUCGACAUGUACGCUGAGGUCGUCGGCUUAGUAUCGGAAUACUUGACUCCUGAAAGUGAGGCACACAAGCUCACCGAACUGGAGCGGAGAACCACGGAGGCGGCACUGAAGGCUGACUUGACUGCGUACAACCGCCAAAAGAUGCAAUCGAAGCCAUCCGCCGUGCUCGGCGAGAUCGCCACCACCCUCGAGGGUGCGAAACAGGCCAUAUCCAUCGCCAAGGACGCAUUCUUCACGGGCGCUACCGAGCUGAUGAAACAGGCCGCAUCGUCGGAUUCCCUCCCCAGCGAUGAUUCUGGCCCGCUCGCCACGCUGUGGUUCGGUCUGCUCGUUGCUGACGACGCUGGCGUUGCGCUGGAGAGCCAGCGAAUGGCCAGAGCUAAGGCGCUCGCUGCGUUCGCAAAGACAUUCAAGAAGGGUGUUUUUGGCCCCACGGGCGAGCAGGGGGUACUGCCGGGGGAUAUGCAGCAGAAGCUGAGGGCGAUGAAGGAGGCGGAGAGGUCGAUAGACGUGCAGAAACUCCUGGACCAGGUGGUCCGGGAGGUUACUGUCUAG